AUGCGAAUUGAUCCCGCUCGCGCGAAUGCCCUGGUGGAGAACAUUAGCCAUGUCGUGCAACGGAUAGAUUCUGCGCGAGGGAGUCGCAAGGUUCGUUUGAUUGCAGUCUCGAAAUUGAAACCCGCGACAGACAUCCUUGCACUCCACCAAUCCGCCGUAAAACAAGAACAUUUCGGUGAGAAUUACUCAGACGAGCUGACCGAAAAGGCUGGGAUCCUGCCUCGGUCGGUGAAAUGGCACAUGAUAGGCGGACUGCAGACAAACAAGUGCAAAAAGCUUGCGUCUCAAGUCCCUAAUCUCUACUGCGUGAGCAGCGUAGACACGUCAAAGAAGGCGGAUGAGUUGGAGAAAGGGAGGAAGACUUUGGUGGAGCAGGCGAAAGAGACUUUGUCUGAAAAGUUGAGGGUUCUGGUUCAGGUCAACACUUCUGGGGAAGAGAGUAAGAGCGGAGUAGAACCGUGCGAGGCAGCGACGCUGUGCAGACAUGUGAGAGAAAAGUGUCCUAGUCUGCAGCUUGCGGGCUUGAUGACCAUUGGAGCGAUUGCGAGGAGUCGGGAGGCUUCCAGUCCUGAUGGUGUGAAUGAGGAUUUUUUCACGCUGCGAGAAACGCGGGAUAAGGUUGCGAAGGAGCUAGGCAUUGAACGGUCGGAACUGGAGCUGAGUAUGGGAAUGAGUCAAGAUUUUGAGGCUGCCAUCUCGGCUGGGAGCGAUGAAGUGCGCGUUGGGACGACUAUUUUUGGUGAGCGACCUGCAAAGAAAGAUGCCAAGAUAUUGUGAGCGACAAGUCUUUGCUGCGGCGGAGCAUGGUGAGACGCGGCAAGAUUGACAGAUGGCAUGGCGGCCACAUGCUCACAAGCUAAUAAUGCAAUCAGCGCUGUGAGCAUAGGGUCUCGCAUAAGCAUAAAUGUAGAAGAAUGGCUGAGUCAGGAGCCAUACCGGUCGACUGGUUUGCAUGGAAGAUUGCCACCAAUAGACGGCGUCUCAGCGACUGUCUGACAAGGCCUGCUACCUGCUCAAGGCCCGAACCUAGACCGUCAUGAUCGCUUCUGCUUACUUAUUAUUACCUGUUGCAGACAUAAGAUCUUGAGCUAUAGCCGGAAUGCAAUUUGUUUGCC